AUGAACACCAACGUGUGCGUGGAGCCGGGCCCGGGCCCCGAGGCGCCGGGGCUGCCCAAGGAGAGCCACCUGCCCGAGGGCGCGCUGGGCGGCCUGGCGGACUACAGCGCCGAGGUGGAGCGCUACCGCUCCUUCGCCUCCUCCUUCUACAAGGGCGGCGGCGGCGGCGCCUUCCCGCAGGCGGCCAAGAUCGCGCGCAUCACCACGCCGAUCUUCCCGGGCAGCGCCGCCGCCGCCGCGGCCGCCGCGCGCAUCGGCAUGUCGCCCUGGAACUGCGACAGCGCGGCCACCGCCAUGCUCUGGGGCAGCGGCGGGGGCGGGGGCGGCAGGAAGCCCUCCUCCUCCUCCUCCUCCUCCUCUUCCUCCUCCUCCUCCGCCGCCGCCGCCGCCGCCCCCGCCGCCCCCGCCGCCCCCUCCCCGGCGGGGCUGCCCGCGGGCGGCGGCAGGGCGGGCGCGCACCCCCGCGGGGACGCGGCGCGCCUGGGCAAGGAGCCCGCGCUGCAGAUGGCGAACGGCACCUUCCUCCCGGGCCUGGGCCCCGAGCCCUGCCGGCCGCUGGCGGGCGAGUGCGGGAGCAAGCUCAAGUGCGGCGCGGCCGAGGCGGAGCUGCUGAACCUGCCCGAGCGCGUGGGCGCCUUCCCCGCGCUGCCGGCGCUCGGGGGCCUGUCGCUGCCGCCCGGCGUCAUCGUGAUGACGGCCCUGCACUCCCCCGCCGCCGCCGCCGCCGCCGUCUCGGACAGCGCCUUCCAGGUGGCCAACCUGGCGGACUGCCCGCAGGCGCACGCCGCGCCCUCGUCGGCCGCCGCGGCGGGCGGGCCCGGCGGCGCCACCCCCGCCAAGAAGAAGCGCAAGCGCUGCGGGGUGUGCGUGCCCUGCAAGCGCCUCAUCAACUGCGGCGUCUGCAGCAGCUGCAGGAACCGCAAAACGGGACACCAGAUCUGCAAGUUCAGGAAGUGCGAGGAGCUCAAGAAAAAACCUGGCACUUCGCUAGAGAGAACACCUGUUCCGAGCGCCGAAGCUUUCCGAUGGUUCUUUUAAAGCAGUAGUCUGUCUUAUUUUCAAGGCAUUUGGAAAUGAAGGGCAAACUAAUGUCUUGUUUUAAGAAACUGCUUAGUCCACCACUGAAGAAAAUAUCCAGAAAUUAUUUUCAUUUUAUGUAUAGGGGUUUCUUCAAAAAAAAAAAAAAAAAAAAGAGGAAAAGACAAAAGACACAUAAAAAAGAAUGUGGGAGUUGGGGAAUCUCCGGCCAGUCUAUUUACUUUCCAGACACUGACUGAUUCUUUCUUUGAUGUAAUUUAGCUAUCCUAGUGAAGUCGUCGUCUAUUUUGAAAGUGGCUGUAAAAAAAAAAAAAAAAAGUUUGGGUAAAGCCCUGCUGUAAAAUCCUGUAUCUUUGCAAAGUACAUAUCUAUACUUCAUUUUCAAAUAUAUGUGUUUCAGUACUGUAAACUGUACAGACAGCAGCUUGUAUUUUGUGUGUUUAGACACGAGGAGACAAUCACGUCUGAGCAUCUAUGGAGAUUAACAGUUUGUACACAACAGUGUGGUUCCGCGAGUUAAAUCUGGAGCAAUAAAUUUUAGCUUUAAAUAUUUUUUGCCAGUUGUUUCUAGAAGCGGUGACCGCCCUGGCACCAUUCUGCCACGCGUCUUUCCGUAGAGACUCCAAGGCCAAGUUGGACGAGACUGAGAGAUUACGAUGCAUCCCGAGACUUACCUGCAGCUGCAUUGUUCCAGGAGGGGAAGAUGUCACGGAAGUUUCAGUUACUCUUUUGAGCACUAUAUUAGAGUAGCGGUUAUGCACUUGCAUUGCUUACAAAACGAGCUGUACAGAAGGGUGUACCUCCCGAAUACUUAGUGUAGUUGACUUGUCUUGGGUUCACUGCAAGGCGGAGUACUCAGAGUAGUUGGAAAAUGCAGAAUCAGUUGUGUGAUUUUUAAAAAAAAAAACAAAAAAAAACAAAAAACAGUGUUUUCUAGACUAAAAAAUAAAAGUAUCAUAUCUUAGGGGGAGAAAUCCAUGACUGAUUUUUUUUUUUUUCCCCAGCCCA